AUGUUUCCAAAUCCGAAGUUUAGCCUUUAGAUUGCCUCAGACGCUUUAACAUGCGCUUUGAAUGCCCUCUCUACGGCAACCUUGUCGCAGCAUAACUUGUAUCCUUAGCGCUAUUGACCUUGAGUCACCUUUCGUUCAUUAUCCACCGUCCAGUCGUUAUUCAACCCUCCAAACAUGUUCCUCUUCCGCGCUGUAUUCAUCGUUGCCGCCGCUACGUUCACUGGCAGCGGGCUUGUCAAUGCUAUCGGCCUGUGGCACUAUGCAAUGAUAGCCGAAGAGCCAUCUGCUGCCGUCUCCAUAUCCUCGAAUUCCCCUACGUUGCCCAUCGAGCCUACGCUCGUCAUUUCAUCUCUCGUGGAACCUACGGCAGUGCCUACAGUUGUCUCCGUUGUGUCCACUUUGCCUGCUGAGCAGCCAAGUCCAGGGGGCGCAAUUGCCCAUGUUAGUGAACAAGAACCAUCUGCCACUGCUGAGGCCGAGUUUCCUACCGUGACGUCGCGAAUCCAAGUACAGGCUAGCAGCGGUGAAAUCCGUGUAACUCGGGCUACCAAAGUCCUGAUCGCUGUCCCUCUUCUUUUAUUCUUCCUAUGUCUAUGAGCUUGGACUCGUAUUUUAUCUCGCUAUAUUAUAGAUAUUUAGUCUUGUAAUGUGUCCUGGCGUUCUUAUGUUCUCUCGUACGCUUUCUUCCCUGCUGUGUUGCUUUUCUCUUCUUUCUGCACUGCAUCGUCUCGUCUAAUAGCGUCAUUCUGUAGCUUUAAUUGUCAUGUUAUCGAUCAUGUAUCGCGUAUUCUUAGAAUAGUAAUUUUCCUGCA